GAGACCCGCCCGAACUUUGCAGUCAGGCCACCCAGCCGCCCCAUCUGAGCUGACCAUCGGCGUGACCCUCCCUUGUCCUCCUCACCCUUCGCACUUGAACACAAAGAGCCUGGGGCAGCAUUCUCUCCCCUCCCACCCCAUCACCCUACCCCACCCCCGAACACCAAGCCAGGGCUGGAACCACACGGGCAGGCGGAUCUGCACUGAUUUCCCAGGACAAGGGGAAGGGGCAGCGAAAAGAUAGGAUAGACAUGCAAGAACUGAGGGAGAGGGAACCCCUACACCCCUGUUUAGCGGGGAGCCACUGUCCCUCAACGCCUAGUCUGGGAGACUUAGCAGUUCAUUCAUCACGCGCUCUCCCCAGGUGUCGGACGCUGCGGAGACUCCCAGAUUGCUGGCGAGAGCGUACUGCUGUCUGGCCCUGGCCGGGGACACAGGGAACAGCUCUGGCUUCCUGGGCCGGUGCUGCCCCUGACCAGCUGGGGCUAGUGAGCGCCCAAGCUCAGAACUUUCUACAUCUGUAAAAUGGGUGAGAGUAGCACACACUCUCUCUCUCCCUUUUUUUUUUUUUUUUUUUUUGGCUGUGCUGUGCGGCUUGUGGGGUUUUAGUUCCCCGACCAGGGUUUGAAGCCAUGCCCCCUUGCAGUGAGAGCGCAAAGCCCUAACCACUGGACCGCCAGGGAAUUCCCAAGAGUAGCAUACUCUUAAGAGUUGCUUCUAAGGAGCUUUAAACAGUGCUUCAGGACUGAACUGGAGAAAAGGGGGUGGGGAAGUGGAGGUGAACCUUAAAGAUUUCCCAUUUCAUUUUCCUCCUUUGGACUCAACUGCUUGGUGUAGGUUGCACAAGGGGAAUUUUUGUGAGGUGGGGUUAGAGGUGAACUUGGAACGUCUACUUUCUAGAUAUAGGUGAUUGUAAUAAUAUACCAGUUUCAUUUCUUUCUUCCCCAAAGGAACAUCACUGUCUGUGUUCUUACCUCUUCUCUGGAUUAGAAACUGGGGUCACCACUAUUUUAAGGAGAAGGGAGGCAAAUAAGUUUUAAAUGACUGAGCCCAGCACUUUGCCCUGAGACUCUUAACAGAGCAUCUUUCCUGCUGUAAAACUGCCAGUUAUGAGCUUCUCAGUAUCCCCACUCCCCUCCCCUAGAAGAGAGAGACAUGCUGAAUUUAAGAACCCUGCAAAAUGAGGAGGACUGCCUCUGAACCACUCUUCCUCCACCAGCCCUUUCCCAUUACUGCUCUGGAAUAUUUGGAAAUGACCCUGCUUCCACAAGGGGGUCCUCUCUCCAACUCCUUCACUCCCUCCCAUCCAAGCACUAGUCUCUUGCUCUGUGCUCUCUGCUUUUGCACAUUCGGGAAUCCCUUUGUUUCUCUGAGUUUAGAGUCUUACAACAUCAAGUGCAGAGUCCUCCUGGCCCCAGGAGAAGGCUUCUGUGUACCAAGCCAAGUCUUGUUAAGAGUUCCAUCCCACCUCCCCCCAGGUCUGGGUCCCAGGCAAUCCUUGGCAAGAGAACAGAGACCCUAUCUCUGCCGCCCAUGCCUGCGGUGGCCCCAGAUGGAGAGAAUUUCAUCUUGGGGUGUGCUUGGGAAAUGUAAUAUCUAGCCGAUUAAGUCUCUUUCCAUCUAUUUAACAUAACUGGGGGAAGGGGAUUUUUUUUACCUCUGAGAGCAGGGAAUAUUUUAAAAGCAUAAAGAACUCUGGAAAUGUGUAAUGGGGGUGUGUCCCUAUAUGCAUAUAUAUAUAUGCAAAUUGUGUGUCUGUGUCGGUAUGUCUAUAUGUGUUUCUGUAUAUGGUCAAUUGCAUGGGCUUCAGUGUCAGGCAGACCUGUGUGCAAACCAUCAGUAAAUUAUUUAACCUCUCUGAGCCUCAGUUUUCUUCUCUGUGCUAUGGGGGUUAGUAAUGCCUAUUUUACAAGAUUUGGGUGUGGUUUCAUGAGAUAACGUAUGUGAAAUACAUUCUAGGCUUAGCAUGGUACCUAGUAUGUAGAAAGCAGUCUAACAAAGGAAGUUGCUCUCAAUGUUGUUCUUGUUAUUUUAGAAAACAGACCUUCAAAUUAAAGUCCUGGCUUGGUGACUAGCUCUCCUAGAACAAUAAUACAGGACAAAAUAUGUAAAACAACAAUUUUCAGCAUUUGACAACAGGGCUAUAAUUCUUAAGAGAUGGUGUUGCAGUUACUAUGGCUACAUUAAAAUUACUUCAAAAUGCAGUGAAGUAAAAGAACCAUGUAUUAUGUCCAUAGAUAUUGUGGGUUAGAAUUUCAAACAGGGCACAGCAAGGCAGCUUGUCUCUGCUCUGCAGUGUCUGGGGAUGGAACCAUCUGAAGGCUGUUUACUCACCUCUCUGGCAGUUGACACUGGCUGUCAGCUGGGGGCCUCAGUUCUUCUCCAUGUGGGCCUAUCCACAUGGUCUCUGCAUGUGGGCUAGUUUGGCCUGCCUCCAAACAUGGUGGUUGGGUCUCCAAGCUGAGAGCUGAGAGAGAGAGAAAAGAGAGUGAGAGAUGCAGAAGUUGUAUCUCUUUGUGACUUAGACUAGGAAGUUGCAUAGCCUCACUAUUGCUGUACUCCACUGUCUGGAGUCACAAACUCCAGGUCAAGGGGUGGGAACACAGACCCCACAGUUGGUGGGAGGAGUGCUGACAUCACAUCGUAAGGAGAGCAUGAGGAUGAGAGAUGUUGGGGUCAUUUAGGGAAAUACAACCAUCCAUAGAAAGGAACCUGCACAAAGUGAGCCCCCUGAUCACCCUGGCUCUUUGCUCCGGUUCAUUUCCCUGACCGCAGUGCAGGGAGCCAGACCCCCAACAAAGCACAGCAGUCCUGCUGAGCUCAUAGACAAAGGUCAAAGUUCAGGAGAUGGAAAGAAAGAAAUAGUAAAACAGCUGUGUGAUCUUAAGCUUGUCUUUUCCCUUCUCCAGUCGGCAGAUUCCUCUUCUGUAAAAUAAGGGAGUUAAAUUUCUUAAAUGAUUUUUAAGAUUCUCUCCAGCACUAACAUUCUUUAACUUUGGUAUGUUUGUACGCCUUUGCCUCUGUGUGUAUGUGUGUACACAUUUCAUCUACCUAUGUCCGUGUCUAUCUAUCUGGAUGUCUCUGUGUGUAUUCCUGUGCCCUGCAUGCCUGGCUCUAUGUGUCCCCUGUGUGCACACAAAGAAAUAAAAUCGAGGGCUUUCCAGAGUGGGCUUUGCCUUGCAGGGGACUGACUGCUUACAAAGCUGCAUUGUGAACAAGUUCAUUGUUGCCCACUUAGGAAAACUAGAGCUGCUCACAACAUUCGUGAGCAGGAACAGUCUCCGCUGCUGAGUUGCAAGAUUGAGAGUUAAUGAAUGACAUCAUCACCCUGGCCCCCCUCCCAUUCCCAGCCAGGCCCUAUCCUGUUCUUGGGCAACACAGACUGUCCCGAGAGAUCUAUCUACCAUGCAUUGCCUGGACCUUCUUUAGCACAACCCGGCAAUGUGUCCAGGACCUGCCCUCCACUCAGUAAUCAUGCAUAACUGCAUGGCUAUUCCCAGUGUGCCAGUGCAACAGGAAACUGGGUAGUUUGUUUCUCCAGGGACACACUGGAGCUUCUGUGGAGUAUCCACCACCAGGUGCAGUGUCUGUUUCUCAUACCACAGAUCCAUUCAUUUUAUUUUGUGUGAGUCAGAAACCCAGAAGCCCGGGCAUGGAAGCCUUUCCCAAGAGCUCAGCUCAGUGAUUCAUAGGGGGCAGACGAGGCUCUGAAGUGUCCCAGAGGACCACAAGUUGAUGGAAAAGCAAUUGCCAAGCCAGUCUGAAAACCAAGACAUCUAUUAAUAGGAAAAGCUGGAUGGUGGAAGCAGGGACAUAGAAGGGAGAGAUUGUUGGACAACUCCUCCUAAACACAAUCUUGGUUAGGACAUUAUUUUGUGCCUUAAACUUCGCCCCACACCCAGUGAGGACUAUGGGUCCAUACAGUCUGGUUAUUUGGCAUUAGAAAAAAAUACAAGAUGGGAUCUGGGUGGAGACUAGCCAGCUAAUGUUUUCCAACUUCCUUAAGGAUGGAAAAUGAAAGAAGGCACGGGGAUUACAGUAAGAGGUAUCUAAGUUAUACCUAGACAGAACUUUGUGAAUAUGGGAUCAGGGACAAGGGAAAGGAGAAGAGGAAGGGAGUCAGACAGAAGGGAAGGGGAGGUCUUUGCCCAAAAUAAAGGAAAGGGGCGGAGCUUGUCCCACUGCCCUGAGAACUUCAGUAGGUUUCAGAAGUCAGAGAGCAAAAGCAAUACUUUCUGGAAGCAGACGUUUGUCUUUGUGAAGAACACACUUGGGUGCUGUUGAAUACCUGUGGCUUGUCAUGGGAGAUGUGGUCCUAGUCUCUUUGGAGUCCCCUGCCUGAGCAGGUUCUUCCCUCUGCUCCACCCCUGGGCCUGCUCGUGGAGGAGACAGAAGGGAUCCAGCUAGAAACACCCCCAGUUUUACCUUUUUUAUAUUUGAGGGCCGUCUCCCAGUGGUGAGAGCAGCUUGGACCCUGCUCCUUCGGUUUUAAAGCCUCUGAGUCACUUGCUUAUUAGGUGUCAGAGGAUUUAGAUUCAAGUAUGAAGCACUACACUCCCUUGAGAUUUACCUUCCUCAUCUUUAAAAUGGGAAGAACAACACGUGUCCUGCCUAUGUUCUUGGAAGGUAAUUGUGAAGCUCAAAGAAGGUGAGAUACCCCGAAAAGCUUUACAAUAGGCAAGAGCUCACUGUGCUCCUGACUACCAGAAAACGUUUUUAUUUAUGGGACAUGGCAAGGCGGAACAUCAGCUGCUAUCCCCUGCGUCUUGACUUGGCUAAUAAUGCCACAGGUGUAUCAGAUGAUAAACACAAUCACACAGAGUCACUACAGAAAGAGUGGAAUCAUAGUGAAACAUAAUAUGAGAAGUAAUAGAUCGUAGGUGAAGCAACACGGUUUCUGCAUGAGCUUGCAAUUCUUUCAUUCUUGGUUUCAUUUUUUGCUGCUGCAAUUCUUUGAUAUGGAGGAUGUCAUGGCCACUCUGUGGACAGGAGACUUGGAAGCUGACCCCUCCUAGACUAAUCUACCAAAGGUCCCUUCCAGCAAUGAGGCUCCGUGACUAUAAAUGGAAAAAUAACGUUUUUAAUGGAGCAACUAUCAUAAAGCUUUCCCAGAGCUGCUUCUUGCUGGAUUGUCACGACACUCCUGUGAGAAACAUAAAGCAGUAGUCCCAUCCCCAUUUUAUAUUUGAGGCACAGCUUCAUAUAUAUAUAAAAUUUUAUAUAUAUAUAUAUAAUUAUAGCUUUGCCAUAGUUCACAUAGCUAAUCAGUUGCAGAAACAAGGCUACAAUAAGAGAAGGAGCUGGAGUAGAUCUUAGCUCUAAUCCAACCCCCCCCCCAAUUUUAUAAAAGAGGAAACUGAGGCCCAGAGAGGCACAGGACUUGCUUAAGGGCACACAGUUCACAGCAGCACCAAGAAUAAAACUCAAGACACUCAGUCCAGGGCUCUUGCCCUGCCGGGUUAGUGACUCAGAGCUCCGGGGUUCAUUUUGCUACACCUCAUUGCUAGUCUAGUCCUGCUCAGUAAUGGCGAGAAUUUCCCCUUCCUUCAGGCACUGAACAGGCUGGGCUCUACACACACUCCCAGGACAAGUCAGGACAGAUGAAGGACUAGAGCCCCUGGAAUUCUGAUGCCUCUCAGCUUUCUGGGUCUGGGGAGAACCGUCUUCAUUUUCCCCAAACACCACAGCCACCCCCAGGGCUUUGCAGAGGCGACUCCCCAGGGAAGUGGCCCCAGCCCUGACCGAGUGGGUGAGGCAGGUUGGCGCAAGCUUUCAGACCUGAGCAAGGUGAAUCACUGGGGGGCACAGCCCUCCAGCUUCCUCUCCAUGCAGCUCCAGCCCUGGGCUCCAUGGGAGAGAGGAUGGGUGGAGGACAGGGCAGAGAGAAAACCUGAUGUUUGAACUGUGAGGCAAAGAGGAGCAGCCUGGGCACGGCUUCCAUGAAGGGGGACAGCGGUGAUCCCAGGUGGAGCUCGGAGAGCCCCCGAGAGAGCACAGGACACCCUCCCGAUCCUGUGUCUUCUCCUGGGAUCCCUCUGCCACACUGUCACCUGCCCUACACCCCUGCUCUUUCUCCCAGGCAGACGGGCAUUUCUCUAACCUUCACAGGGGAAAACAGGCACAGCAAAUGGGCAAGCAGAAGAGGGUUAGGGAGGCCUGCAGGAGCAGAGGGCAUCUCAACCCUGCCUCCUCGUCACCCCGGGAUGUGGGUCUCCCUCCACUCAACAGAACUUCAGGACACUCAGUAUUAAGGGCCCCCUUCCUGUAAUUAAAAAUGUUUUAAGACAUGUGCAUAGUAAACAUAGAAUAAGUAUAAGGGAGUUCUUAAGUCCUGAUAACCCCCAUUAUAGCACUUCAUUGCUUUUAUGGAAAUAUUAAGUGUCAAAUUCUUAACAUUUCUUUUACUCAUUCUUUUGGUGUCUCUUGGCUGGUGUCCUGGAUACUUGCUUACUCUGCCUUCUGGAAAUUCAGCUCUGCCUUGAAACCCACAGGUCAGCCCAGGACUUCCCCUCUGAUGGACCCCUGAAAAAAGCCUCCACCCCCAUCCUGCCCUCCACCCACCUUGCCUGCCAAAGUCCCAGGCACGGCAGCCCAGCCAGGAAACAGGAGACGCCGCUAGUCAGUUUCCCCCGUCCUCCCCCCUCUGUCCAAGGCUUCCAAGUUCCUGAACGGGAGCCAAGUCCCUGAUAAGGGCUGGGUGGGUUUGGGGGGAGAGGCACAGGGAGGCCCGGCCUGUUAGCCUGUGACCCAGUCUCUCCCAAGUCACUCACUCAGCAAAACUGCUUCUAAGGAAACAAUUCGCUGACUUCCUUUAGAAAGCCACUCUGUCCAUCGUCACCAAGGGAGAGGGAGGAGGCAUGGAAGAGAACCAGGCACCUGGCUGGGGUGAGGCAAGUCUGAGAUAAAGCACCUAGAAUAACAGAGGUGUAACUGCCUUGUUCAAAGCACUUCCCGUCUUAUAGAUGGGGUGCAUUCCAAAAGCCUCUUGUUAAUUUCCCCACUAAGGUAAAUCAACCUGAUCAACUGUUUAUUGAGCAUUUACUAUAUACCAGACAACUAUGCUAGAUGUACAUUGCUAUAUUUAAUCCUUCUGAGAAUCCUGUGGGGUUAUUUCUGUUCUCACAUUGUGAGUGAAGAAAUGGAGGCUCAGAGAGGUUAAGUAGUUUGUCUCUGGCCAUCCAGCAGGGUCAUGGUUGGGAACAGAUUCUUGAUUCCAAGACCUGUGGCUAUUCUAUGAUGCCACACUAUGUUGAGCAGUAAAGAGUCUUCCAGAUUAAGUCCCUAGAACUCCUUUAAUCCAUUUUGCAUCCCCAAAUGCUGUACCUAUGCAAAGGGAAAGAAGAAAACAAUAGUGCUGAAAUACUAAUGAGUUAGCGCAGGAAAACAAUAAAAUGGACUUGGAAAGAGUUUGUCUAGAAUAAGGGUUCCUUAUGGAAAGUGACUUUAUUGAGAAGAGGAUGUGGAGGUCUCUGGAGACAGAUAUAACGAAAUCCACAAAAAGGAGGCGGGAUACUUGCAAAGGUUUAGAGGCUUGCCGAUCCUGGCUCUUAGUGUCUGGCUUCAUUCCCAACUUGUGCCUUUUCCUUGACGCAGCAGCUAUGAUUGGAGUUGAUCUGAGUUAAGAAAUACAGCAAAGAAGAGAACAAGGAAGACAGAAAAUUAUUUCUGGAUAGGUAACACAGCAAGGAGGGGUAAAAAUGAAGAGUCGAUGUGUGUCUCUAUAAGAAUUCAGCAGCCGAGGCAUUCCUGGAGAAGUACGGGUAUCUCAGUGAACCCGUCCCCAGUAGUCCCGCCUCCACGCGAUUCAGCAAUGCCAUCAGGGAGUUCCAGUGGGUGUCCCAGCUGCCCAUGAGCGGGAUGCUGGAUGCCGCCACGCUGCGCCAGAUGACGCAGCCCCGCUGUGGGGUGGCAGAUACCGACAGCCAGGUGGCCUGGACCAAGAGAGUCAGUGCCCUAUUUACUGGACGUCGGGCCAAAAUGAGGCGAAAGAAACGCUUUGCCAGGCAAGGCAACAAAUGGUACAAGCGGCAUCUCUCCUACCGCCUGGUGAACUGGCCCCAGCACCUGCCUGAGCCGGCAGUUCGGGGGGCCGUGCGCGCCGCCUUCCAGCUGUGGAGCAACGUCUCGGCGCUGGAGUUCUGGGAGGCCCCGGCCACGGGCCCCGCUGACAUCCGCCUCACCUUCUUCCAAGGGGACCACAACGACGGGCUGAGCAACGCCUUCGAUGGCCCAGGCGGCGCCCUGGCGCACGCCUUCCUCCCCCGCCGCGGCGAAGCGCACUUCGACCGCGACGAGCGCUGGUCCCUGAGCCGCCGCCGCGGGCGCAACCUGUUCGUGGUGCUGGCGCAUGAGAUCGGCCACACGCUCGGCCUGACCCACUCGGCCGCGCCGCGCGCGCUCAUGGCGCCCUACUACAAGAGGCUGGGCCGCGACGCGCUGCUCAGCUGGGACGACGUGCUGGCCGUGCAGAGCCUGUAUGGGAAGCCCCAGGGCGGCUCAGGGGCCAUCCAGCUCCCUGGAAAGCUGUUCACGGACUUUGAGGCCUGGGACCCCCACAGACUCCAAGGAAGGCGCCCCGAAACCCGAGGUCCUAAAUAUUGCCACUCUUCCUUCGAUGCAAUCACUGUAGAUGGGCAACAUCGACUGUACAUAUUUCAAGGGAACCAGUUCUGGGAGGUGACAGCUGAUGGCAACGUCUCAGAGCCCCACCCACUACAGAAAAGGUGGGCAGGGCUGCCCCCCCAUAUUGAGGCUGCCGCGGUGUCAUUGGAGGAUGGAGACUUCUACUUCUUCAAAGGGAGUCGAUGCUGGAGGUUCCAGGGCCCCAAGCCAGUGUGGGGCUCCCCACAGCUGUGCCGGGCAGGGGGCCUGCCCCCCCACCCGGAUGCUGCCCUCUACUUCCCUCCUCUGAGUCGCCUCAUCCUCUUCAAGGGCGCCCGCUACUACGUGCUGGCCCGAGGGGGGCUGCAGGUGGAGCCCUACUACCCCCGAGGCCUGCAGGACUGGGGCGGUGUCCCUGAGGAGGUCAGCGGCGCUCUACCCAGGCCCGACGGCUCCAUCAUCUUCUUCAGAGACGACCGCUACUGGCGCCUCGACCAGGCCAAACUUCGAGCAACGCCCUCGGGCCGCUGGGCCACAGAGCUGCCCUGGAUGGGCUGCUGGCACGCCAACUCGGGGGGCACCCUGUUCUGAAGAUGCCCCCACCUCUUAGUGAAUUGCUGGCGCUCUCUUGUGGCCAACGUGUAUCCCCAGCCCCAAGGGCAGACCCUGUCUGGAAGCCUCUGAGCCUCCCUGCAGAAGUCCAGGCAGGAAAGUUCAUCUGCAUUUGUUCCCUGGAGAAUGUCUUUGUGCUGUCAAGACAUUGAUCUUUGUGGGAUCAAUUCAACGAGAAGCCGAAAAGGAUCCCAGACCCCACGGCCCUUUCCCCAAAGACUCAUUCCUCCCCAGGCCUUGGGGAUUUUGUUUCUUCCCCUAAAGGUGCAGUUCCUGUCCAUGAGGCCACAGCACUGGGCAACCAGGAAGGAUGCAAAACUCAAUGGAGAAGUUGGGACCACUUUGCAAGACUGUCCCUUCCCCUCAGGGCCUCCCGGCUCCGUCCUUGGAGGAUUGUGUCUUAUUUAAUCAGAGGCCCCACCCCCAGGAAGACUGAAUGGAUUGAGUACAAGGGUCUCCAACCUCAGGGGUGUCAGGACCCAGAACAAGAAGGAGACCGAUGCAGGCCUGCCGGGCCCUGUUUCUUUCAGGGGUUGGGGGGAAGGCUGGAAUAAAGAGGUGCUCCCAGCUGGUGGGCCUGGAGGGGGGAAGCAGCCUUCCUUGGACACGUUUCCAGUGAGAGCAGGUGGGUGUGGAUGCUACGGAGGCUGCAACCAUGUUCUUCCGGUCAAAGCCGGGACCAGUGAGUUGUGUGUGUGUGUAGUUGUGAUAGGGAGAGGGGCCCUGCCUCUCUCCUCAAAGAUCAAAAUAUCCUUCGUCCACCUCAUCCCCCAGGCCAGAUGAAGGACCCUGUGUGGCAGGAGGAGGACAGGGGCCUCCCUGGAGGUCUGCACAGCUGCAGUCGCUGGGGCCUCUGCAGGCCGGGAGAGCUUCGUGCUCACAAUGGCCCCAUUCUCCUGGCCACACACGAAGCAUUCCAGGAGCUCCCGCUGGCCGGCCGAGAAUAGCUGGGAUUCCUGGAGAAGGACCCAGCUCUCCGGCCUCCCAGUCUUCUGUCCCAGCGGCUUCUGGGGCCGGUUCUCUAGUCCUGCCCCCUGCACACCUGCCAGUGCCUCCUCUGCACACACACUGACCUCAGCCAGACCGGGCUUCCCGCGGGAGGGGAGGAAGGUCCGGCCAGCUUCAGCCCUCAGCUGCCCGUGGGCAUUCCUGGCCCGGCAGCUUCAUUUUCUUCUCUGCGCGGUGGGGAGAAUGGCCUUUGACCGCCCUUGGCUGCAAGUGCUUUGUUCCGCCCUCUCCGGGGGGAGUUGCAGGGAGGAGGCUCUCCGCCUGCCCUUUUCCCUCUGGCUUGAACCCAGGGGAAGGGGUGGAGGGUCGAUCUUUAUUCCACGCCCCACCUCAAGGCACUGACACUUUGAUUAGGGGCUUUAUUGAAAGAUUUGAGGGAAGGGGCAAGUUUCCCAGAGGGGUUAUUUUCUCUAGGCGACGCCUCUGCUCACCGGGCCCGAAGGACGUGAAAUACCCCAGAGAUGAGCGUGAGGCUGUACCAGGGGGCGCAAGUCAGGUGGGCGGUGGGCACUGCGUGCUGACCCGGGCGCUGGGGCCCUCGGGAGGCGCUGUUGGAGGAAUGGAGCUCCAGGUGAUGUUGGGCUCCGCAUUGAUGACAGGUGGGCCCGGUCAUCAGCGGUGGGCCUGCUGGGCUGCUCGGAGUGGGGCGCUCCGGGAAGGCGGCUCUCAGGUACGUACUGGAGAGCGCUCCGCGUCGGGGCGGGGGAGGAGAGGGUGGCGGGGAAUUUGGAGUCAGGCGAGGAUGGAGGGCCACAGAGACCGGGGAUUGGGGGGCGCUCAAAGGCCCACGGCAGCCCCCGCGCCUCCAGAAGCCCGCGCCUCCGGCAGAUCCUGGUGCUCCAGAAGGCAGUGCGCCACGUAGCUCUGCGAGCUGUGCAGGUUCCUGCACUUCUUGCAGAAAAGGAUCUCGCAGCGCGCGCAGCCCCCGCCGCGCAGCCGC